GCGUCCCCCCCCCCCCCGGUUAAUCGUUACCCUAAGGGACGGCUCUGGGGUGAGUGGUCAGAAACCCUACCCCACAACUGCCUCUGUGCACCAGGGCAGUGUGGAGGCUCACUCUCAACCACCUCUCCUACCAAGACGUCAGGCCGGCGUGGAAGAGUAGACCAAGGGUAACCUCGACUAGAGGCUGCUGCUGCAGCAAAGCUCGCUCACUCCCAGUGUAAGCACCGCACGGGUGUGAACUUCUUUCGCGCCGUACGUUGGAGGGCUCUCUGCCUCGCAAGAUUCAACGACUAAUCGCUGCCCCCCCACCACCACCACCACCACUCCCGCCUCGCGUUGUCGGGAGAGCGCAGAGCGCUCGGCAGCAGCAGCAGCAGCGGCAGCAGCAGCAGCGUCAGCUCGCCACGGGCACACAACGCAACGAAAAGAACCGCCUCUUUGUUUUUUUCUGCAACAAAAUUCGUUCAAAUAAAUAUCGUGUUUGUGUCGAAUUUUUUUUAUUUUUUUACGUCGCUUCACGUCCACCACGGAAAUAUAUUUCGUAUUUUGUCGCCGCUGCAUUGUUUGGUUGGCGUCGAGCGGCGCUGGUUUCCACGUUCGACGCGGAGCCCGGACAAAGCCGAGAGAGGCGCGUUGGGACGAAGUCUUGAACCGACAAAUCUCCGCGAUGAUGUCUGCAGCCUCGCCGGUGCUCGCUCUCGCUGCCCGAGGCCUCUCAUCCAUCUUCAUCUGCGUCUGCCUCGCCGCCAUAACAUGCAGAGUGCAGGGCCAGACGUUGAAAACCCCGUCCGAGACCAACAUCACCCUGUACACGAACAUCCUGGAUGUUCUACUCAAGGGCUACGACUACCGCUUGCGGCCAGGCCUGGCCGGUGAGUGGCCCGAAUCCAUCACGGAGGUACAGACUGACAUCUUCGUGACCAGCUUCGGCCCCGUGUCCGACACAGAAAUGGAAUACACCAUAGACAUGUUCUUCAGGCAGAGCUGGAAGGACGAGCGGCUCAAGUAUGAGGGUGCCAUGCAGACGCUGCCGCUCAACAACAUGAUGGCCAGCAAGAUCUGGACUCCGGAUACCUUCUUCCACAACGGCAAGAAGUCGGUGGCUCACAACAUGACCACUCCCAACAAGCUCCUCCGCAUCGCAAUGGACGGGACCCUGCUCUACACCAUGAGGUUAACGGUGAAGGCGGAGUGUCCCAUGAUCCUCGAAGACUUCCCGAUGGACACCCACGCCUGCCCGCUGAAGUUUGGCAGCUCAGACGCCUACACCAACAAGGAGGUGAUCUACAGGUGGAAGAACGGCGCCAACUCUUCGGUGGAAGUGGCCGAGGACGGCUCGCGCACCAACCAGUACCAGCUGAUGCAUUACACGGCGAGCACCUCCAACAUCAAGUCCAGCACAGGGGAGUACGUCGUGUUGGUGACGGAAUUCCACCUGAAGCGGAAGAUCGGAUACUUUGUCAUCCAGACGUACCUGCCCUGCAUCAUGACCGUCAUCCUCUCGCAGGUCUCCUUCUGGCUCAACAGAGAGUCCGUCCCAGCUCGGACCGUGUUUGGCGUCACCACGGUGCUUACCAUGACGACGCUCAGCAUCAGCGCCCGCAACUCGCUGCCCAAGGUGGCCUACGCCACCGCCAUGGACUGGUUCAUCGCCGUGUGCAACGCCUUCGUGUUCUCGGCGCUCAUCGAGUUCGCCACCGUCAACUACUUCACCAAGCGGGCCUGGGCCUGGGACGGCAAGGCCGUGGUGAACAAGGAGAAGAAAUCGAAGCGCGCCGUCGCUCGCAAGAAGAGGAGCACUUACAGCGUCGGCGCCUCGGGCUACGCGGGCGGCCCGGUCGGCACCACCAGGCGCGGCGGCGGCGGCGUCGGCGGCGGCGGCCUCCCCACCGUGUCGCGGAGCGUCGGCGUCACGGGGCCGGGCCGCCAGCCUUCCGGCGGCGGCGGCGCGACGGCGGCGGCGGCGUCCUCCUCCUCGGCCGGCGGCCCGGCGGGAGUCGGGGCCCGCGGUCAGGCGGGCCGGGCGGGCGACAAGCCGGCGCCGGCCGCCGCGGCCGAGAACAAGAAGACGUACAACAGCGUGAGCCGCGUGGACAAGCUGUCGCGCAUCGUCUUCCCCGUGCUCUUCGGAAUCUUCAACCUCGUCUACUGGGCCACCUACCUCAAGAAGACGCCCAGGAACAAGGGCGCCGUCCACCUGAACUGACGGAGGAGGGCCGCGCGUGGGCCGUGGGACACGUGCGUGGAGGCGGGUGGAGCGGGCGGCUUUGGGAGGCGGUGGAGGCGGGUGGAGCGGGCGGCUUUGGGAGGCGGUGGAGGCGGGUGGAGCGGGCGGCUUUGGGAGGUGGUCUCGCGCGCCGCUGCGGUGGCGGCGCGAAAGGGGUCGCCGCGAAGAAGAGGGUCGCUAAACGUGAAAAGGAAAGUUACAUUGGCAAGCGGCCGGGUUUCACGUCGUGACGGAGCCGAUGUGAAACCGCCCCUCCUCGGUUUGCCAUGUCGUGGGCGGCUCGCGGCGACGUUGCCAAGUUUUUGGCAAAAAAAAUCGGACAGAAAGGAACAUUGUCCGACAGAAUCGUCAAGAAUCUCCUGACGCGGUACACCACUAUCACCACCACUACCGACGUGCCCGUAACGCGCAUGCAAUCGGCCGGUUGGGUUUUGGGGACACAGCGUUUACCUUUGUGCGUGUGUCGUUUACGCUGCACGCAUGAAGACCUGCCCGCCACCAACGAUCCCGUCUCUGGGAAGCACGCGCGCGUGUGUGUGAUCUGUUUGUGUGUGUGAUCUGUUUGUGUGUGUGAUACGUGUGUGCACGUGCGUGUGUGUGUGUGUUGGCGUGGCGCGAGUGAGCACAUUCGUUUUUUUGAUAUCGCCGCAUUUCACUCACACACCCUCGUGGGUUCAAGCCGCCGGCCGUCCGCGCCUCGUACGGUCAGAAGAACGUCGAAGAGGAAAGUGAAGAGUGUGGGGUCGUGCGUGACGAAUCGAGGGCACUACGGAAGGACGCGGUUGGGGCAAGAGCGAAAUCGCCAGACGUAUCCGGAUUCCGACCUGCGGGUCGGAAAACUUUGUGCAUGCGACAGCGCACAGGGCUUUGUCAGAAUCGCCUCUCAUUUAAUCGCAGCCGCCGAUACCUGUGAGCCACACAUAUCACGCUCGUGUACAUUGCUGCAUGUGAUCAGCACUCCGGCGUUCGCCGUGCGCACGUGGAGGCGACGCUGGGUUAUCCUCACGGUUGUCGACGGAUCGCUAGAACGCCGCGCGGACUUCCAAAACAAAGAAAAUAGAAACGUACGAGAAGACUCGUGCGCCGUAGCGCGUUACGAAAAAGUCGUCUGCUCUCCUUUGAGAACAAAAAAACCAAUGUGAACACAUCGGAGACCCGAGGAACGACUCACUCCUCGACAAGCCAUCGCACCGUUCCCGUGCCCCCCCCCCCCCCCCCCCGGAUGACUAAGCCACGAGACGACCACUUCGCGGGCCGUCCCGCCGCCAGACCUCGGCGGGAGCCGUGCCGGCUUGGCCGAGACGCUCGGAGAGAGAGAGAGAGGCGCGAGGCCGUCGCCCCCCGUGGCACGGGCUGGUGAGGGCGGCCACGAAGCUUUGGUGCCGCGCCGAGGUGGACCGGGGCACCCGUAACGCGGGCUCGUGCGCGGGGCGAGAGGCGAGCCGGGAUGCGUUCUCUCUGCGCCCCGACCGGCACGGAGCGGCGUGCCGGGUCGCGGUGGCGCCCGUCCACCCGGCCCACCGGGACCCCGACGCAGCCGGACUUGUCCCCGGUGGCGCUUUCGACGGCAAAAAAGGAAAUUCGUCGUUGGGAUUCGUGCCGCGGCCCUCCGAGGCAAAGUCACUCGACCUGUACGUCGACGUGCGGGGCGGGGCGAGGCGGUUCCACCCGCAGAGCCGUCCACGAGCGCUGAGAAUUCGAAACGAGACAGAGGAGGGUUUUUGCCCGCCGCCCCCCCCCCCCCCCCCCCGUGCGUUUCAAAUUGUCGUGUCGCUUGAGAGAAGCAGGAACAACAGCAGCAGCAGCAGCCAUAUAUCACACGUGGUAAUGUUUCACUGUGCUUACUGAUCAGCCAUGUCGGUGUUCGUCGUUGUUGAUGUGUAUAAAAAAAAUGUUUGAAAGGGCACCGAUUGAAACCACGUCUUUUGAAUAUAACCUCCCGUUUUCGGAGAUGGCUUACGGUCAACGGUGGAGAGGUGAACACGUCCGUGUCAGAGCUGCUGGUUUGUGACAGGCUGACGUGGUCCCACUGACCGGGGCUGAGUGCGUGACUGCACGGCACUUGAAGCCAAGUCGUCACCCGAGCAAUCGGUUGCGCAACUUGGUCGCGCGCAACCACAUCCCGUGCACGUGGGCAUCUCUGCAGCCGCCUAUCGCUGACCACGGUGGAGACAGCAGAGUCGACUGGCAGGCGACCUGCUCGGACAUUUGGGGCGACGUUUUUCAUCUUUGCCAGCCUGUGAACGGUCGUCACGAUCCCGGACACGGUGUUUGAUUUCCUCGUCGCGCAACCGAUUGCUCAGACGUGGACAAAGCAGUCACGGGCGACGAUUGAGUUGCAAGAUUCCGAGAGCGGUUUGGUUGUGCAACUGAUUGCUCAGGUGUGUGUGUCCCAGCUUCAGGGCAGGCUACAAUACGUGGAGAUUCAAUUAUGGAUAUACCAGUUUAACACAUCCAUAGCAGAGGUUUUUUGGGUUAGAUCGCGUAAAUAUAUAAAUGUGUCGUGCCAAUUGGUUACUAGUACAGCACUAACCGGUUGUGUGUCAGAGAGCAAGGCCACAACAUUGACAAUCCGAGUACCGCGACGUCUCGCCAGUAAUUACAACCAGCUUCAUCAGGCGACAGCCAGACUCGUGGAGAAAUCAUCCCGAGUCGUUCCUUGAAGAGAGGCGUGGGUGUGAUGACGUCACUUGUGUGCGCUUAUUGUGCGCUGUGGGGCGAAAGGGUCAUCAAUGAAUGCGUAGUAACCACUGCCGUGUGGGUUAUGUAAAUGGUAAUCAACGUACAUUGUGCGUGCGCAUUGUGCAAGCUCGCCGGUUAGUGCUGUACUAGUGACGAGUUGGCAGGUUCUGUUGACGUGACACUAACCCUGACUAGUUGGCCGUGUCGGGUGGUGGCGGGUUUAACGACACAUUCAUACAUUUACGCGAUCUCGCCCAAACAGGAGCCUGUACUGUGGAUGGAUAUUCCGCACUCGUUUUAAAUACUCUUCUUGACUUUCCUCUGGGCGGCUGAUUGGUCCGUGCUGUGGAAGCGGUGACUCGGUGCCUCGCAAGGGGAGGGAGCGAUCGUGGUGCAAUGCGUCGCGUCGCCAUCGGCGGGAGAGACGCGUUGAGGCUUUGCAAUCACGGUGGCUGUAUUGUUUCCCACCGCAAAUAUUACACCUCCUGGUAUUGUAGCCGGGGUAUCUAUAGAUGGACCGCCCCGUAUAUUAUUAUUAAAGUAGGACAUUAUGAGUAUCGGUGCAUUGUUAAUGUUUCAAGGAGAACGCUUUCCAAGAGACCAACGGAUCUCAUCUCCCGGUCGUGUCGUGUUCAGGUCACGAAGGGAACAAUCCACUCCGAACUGGCGGAGCAGUGCAAAGCCUUCGUGUUAGAGAGAACGGCCCACUGAUGCGGAUAUCACAGAACUAGCUCUGAUAUUCCCCAUCCUUUAAAGUGAUCUCUGGUCCACACGCAGAGAUCACCCCCCCCCCCCCCCACUCUGCCACGUGAGAGUGAGAUUUCGUCGCACAAACAGUCGGGACCGAAUAUUAUUAAAGUCUCGUACCUGCAAUUUCAACCGAAUUAAUCGCAGAACCAAAUUUAAUUGUGGAGAUUGGUUACCGAUCUGGAGCCGAGGCCAGUCAACUCGGCACCACGCUCGGUUUAGACGCAGGCGGCUGCCUGGAUUGGAACCCGGGUUCGUCAGAGACUCUCGGCUCAGCGGCCAGAGCUCACGAGCGAAACCUUGAGACCGCGUGGAGGGCACUGCCCAGGGAAGGGAUCUACAAGAGCUGGUGACUGUGUUCACGAGUUGUGGUUGUCAGUGGAGGGUGGUUGGACAUGUGACAUCUCAGAGGUUUUCUCGUGCUCCUUUGUAAUCGUGUAUCCCUGUCGUCGUUUUCUUGUUUUGUUAUCGUCGUCGUUUUUUGGUAGACACGAAGUUUAAAAGUCAAAAGCGGAAGCAUUUGUACAACAACAAACGUCAACCAUGAAGUUGACGAGCCCAUUGGGUGGUAUGCGAAAGAACCCAGUAGUGUUUAUUUUUUAACGAAGACAUUUGAAACUUGGUAAAAGGUGCGUUUUCUCUCGCUGUUGCGUUCAGAUUAGGUUUUACGAUCCUGGCACUGUAGGUUAACAUCGCACACACACGAUGUAUCAUUUAGAUUUGGGUUAGGCCAUGUAACGAUAUGGACACAUUUGUGUCGUAAGACCCUCCACCAACGAACAUAUUUGUAUUUUACCAGGUAAGGCCCACUGAGCUACUCAGCUUCUUCUCACAAGCGACCUGGCUAUCACAAAUGAGAGCUCAACGAAGUGGCUUAUCACGUGCAAAAGUAUAGCAGCCAAAUACUCUUAACGCGUGUUUCUAAACGUGGAGUGAAAAACCGGAGGACCCGGAUAAAAAUACACGAGACUACGGGGAGAGAGAGACACGCAAACUCCAAAUAUACAGCAGCAGGCGUCAGGGUCGGGAUCGAACCCACGACCUCCUGUAGACCAGGCGAGGUAGUUAACAUCUCCUAGCCACCGUGGCGCUCGACACAGCCAAACAAAUUAAAUAGUCACGUGGUGCACAAGCGUUUCACGACGCAUUUCAUCCGUAGACCCCCUCCAAUGCACCACCAGCGUGUAUGGCAAGCGAGGAGAUGACUAGAACCCACAGGGUACACGGCCAAGAUUCGGUGGUGGGUAAAAGGCAGUUUUACAGAAGUAAGUUUUCGAGACGGCACUUUAGUGACUAGCGAACGGCUCCGAUCGUCUUGUUAGCAAAGGCACAACGCGUUGUUCCAAAGUCUUGGGAGCUCGUAUUGCCAAAAAUCCGAUCGCCCCCGCAGGAAGAGAUAGCCCUUGACCUCGGAGUGCUGAGAAGAUGGCGUUUAAUGACGCGCCAGUUUCUAACAAUAAUAAUGAUAAUGAUAGUUUACAUGAUCAACAAUGGUUUAUAUUUGUACGGUGGCGCAUUUCAUCCGUAGAUCCGCACCAAUGCACCACCAGCGUGUAUGGCAAGCGAGGAGAUGAGCAGAACCAGCAGGGUACGCGGCCAGGACUCGUGCAGAGCUCAGGGCCAGUUUACAGAGGAGAGUUUUCAAGAAGGGACUUUGAUACAUUUCACGACUCCGAUUGUGUCUCUCUCGGCAAGAGCGUUCCUAAAGUGUGGGAUCUGCGCUGGCGAUAAAGCCAUCGGGAGUGCGCGGAAGACGGCGAAGAUCUCGGGGGGAUCUCACCGGCGAGUUCACGAGGAACAAACCUCGAAAUCGCCCGUCGACUCGACCACGGCGAGCGGCGCUGUGAGCGAUGCGAUCACCGGCGUGUCGUUUGGCCCUGUCGGGUGGUGGAGGGCUCGUUCACAACGCACGUGAGGCCGGAUCGUUACGUCACGCAAACCACCCCCCCGCAAAAAAAUAUAUUAAUCGUAACAUUGGCUGCCAAAACCUAUAUAUUGAAACGAUAUACACGUGCAGAUUUUGGCAUUCAACAAGUUAAUCAAUCUGACCUGUCCAUACAAUUUUCACAACUCCGCGAAAUCAUUAUUAUGAUUAAGGUCGCAUCGGCGUGCGUGUGAGUUUGUGUGUUAACUCCGUGUGUGCCACACGUGUGCCAAGUCUAGACUUCGUGUGCAAAGUUCUCUACGCUGUACAUAAUCGGCUUGUUCGAUGUUUCACACGCGAUGUUACCCACCCACGUUUUUCUUUUGCUGAUAUGCUACCGAUGUUAACAACAGUCUUUGACAUUUAAACUUUUCCAUAUAUAAAAGUAAUUUAUCAUACUGCUAUUAAAAAAAAAUUAUGUA